CUAGCCUAACCACUAGACCAAACUGGCUCUUUUUUCUUGUACGUUUACUCCAGGGAAUGGAUACUAUGCAAUGUUUUUGGAGGAGGUAUAAAAAGAUAGUAUUUGUGUGAGACAAGCUUGCCUCUUGUUUUCUGGAAAUGAUACAAAAUAGUUUGCUGUUUCCUACUUGUGGGUAGGCUUUUCCCCCAACCUAACUUACAUCCUCUUAGAUGGGAUUUCCUAGUAGUGGGGGGGCAUUGGUUGUUGACAUAAUCUUAGUAUUUUUUUUUAAUGUUAAGCAGCAGAUUGGCUUUUGCACUCUCUUUAUCUUCAACAGGUUUUCUUAUGAAUUUUUUGUUUCCAGCGAUCAAAGUAGUAUCACCGUAUCUGAGCAUGAAUGGAAAUAAUAUCUGUAGCUGUUCCUUUUAUCAGCUAAGUGGUAUUCUGGUCAAAAUCCAUGAUUCCAUUACAUGGUAAUAAGUGAAGAUCAGGAGCAGAAUGUUUCUUUUUUGUGGAGAAUCUGCUGCUGUUCUGCAUUUGAAAGAAAUUUAAAAAAAGGAAGAAGCUUGAAAGACAGAUGCUUCCCUAUAUUUAGUCUGACAGCAUUCUGAUAAAAUACAAGAUGAAUUCUGAAUUAAAAAAACAAUUGAACAUCGUUGUUUUAGGAAUAGCAUUCAUGUUUAUGUUCACUGCUUUCCAAACAUGUGGAAAUAUAGCGCAAACUGUUAUUACAAAUUUAAACCAUACUGAUUUUCAUGGAAGUGGCUACACAAGUAUGGCUGUUAUUUAUGGAGUAUUUUCAGCAUCAAAUAUAAUUUCACCUUCAGUGGUUGCAAUCAUAGGACCGCAACUCUCCAUGUUCAUUAGUGGUAUCUUCUAUAGCUUAUAUAUUGCUGUUUUUAUCCAACCUUCUACUUGGAGUUUCUACACAGCCUCAGUUUUCCUUGGAAUAGCAGCUGCUGUACUGUGGACUGCUCAGGGAAAUUGCCUAACAAUAAAUUCAGAUGAAAAUACAAUUGGCAGAAACAGUGGAAUUUUCUGGGCAUUGUUACAAUCCAGCUUGUUUUUUGGAAAUCUCUACAUAUAUUUUGCCUGGCAAGGGAAAAAUUACAUAUCAGAAGGCGACCGUAGGACUGUCUUCAUCUCUCUAACAGUGAUCAGUCUAGUGGGCACCGUUUUGUUUUUUCUCAUUAGAAUUCCAGAAGAAUCAAAUUCAGAAGAAGAGGAAACCACUGCUGAAAACAUUGUAGAUAGCAUGUCUGGCCAAAGCAAAAUAUCAAGGGCUAUGGAUGCAAUAAAAAGAUCGUUCAAGUUAUGUGCUACAAAAGAGAUUUUGCUACUUAGUGUCACAACAGCCUAUACAGGUCUGGAAUUAACAUUCUUCACUGGAGUAUAUGGAACUUGUAUAGGUGCUGUAAAGAAAUUUGGUGCUGAAGAAAAAAGUCUUAUUGGACUCUCCGGUAUUUUCAUUGGCAUUGGAGAAAUAUUAGGUGGAGGAAUCUUUGGCCUCCUAAGUAAGAACAACAGAUUUGGCAGGAACCCAGUGGUGAUGUUAGGCAUUGUGGUCCAUUUCAUAGCUUUCUAUUUGAUUUUCUAUAACAUACCAAAUGAUGCACCUAUUGCCCCCAUGGAAGGAACAGAUAGCAUGGCAUUCAUGGAACCAAGCAAAGAAGUGGCCAUUUUUUGCAGUUUCUUACUGGGCUUUGGAGAUAGCUGUUUCAAUACUCAACUCCUUAGUAUUCUGGGAUUCCUAUAUUCUGAAGACAGUGCACCUGCCUUUGCAAUAUUUAAAUUCAUUCAGUCUGUCUGUGCAGCUGUUGCUUACUUCUACAGCAACUAUUUGUUUCUUCAGUGGCAACUUCUAAUUAUGGCAGUUGUUGGAUUUUUUGGGACAAUUACUUUUUUCACAGUGGAAUGGGAAGCACCAGCCUUUCUUGCCAGAAGUACAGGUUAUCACAACAUUUGAUAAAUGCAGUGUGGUCAUCCUGAGGCACAGUAGUCCAAGUUUAUAGGAAAGAUUAAUACCCUGUUCAUUAUAGAAUAUAGACAUAUUUAACACCAAAGUUCUAAAAGGUUUUGUUCUCUUAUCAAUCAGUAGUGAUAGAAAUUACAGACUACAAUGUGGAGAAAGAACCCUGCGGAGGGGACAGAGAGGCACUCUUUUUUAUCAUGUCUACUUGACUUUAAGAAUAGCCAUUAUGGAAAUUCUACUAUUACUCUUCUUUUAAUGCAACCUUGUACAUGUGGUUACUUAAAAAACUCUAAUCAAAUUCAGUGAGACUUGAAACUAGGUAUAGGAUUGCAACCUUAACACACACAUACACACACACAUACAUUCUCUUAUUUCCUUUUUUUUUCCCCCUGUAAAAUGCAUCAUUUUGCAUUUCUAGUAAGGGGAUAUGGAAAAUGGAAAGUGUGUUCCUAGCUGAAAUAAACACAUUGUAUUUUACAAGUUCUGACAAAAAGUUCUGGAUAGACUGCAGUUUGCUGGAAUUGAAACCUGGAACAUUUUGAUUCUUCUGGGUUUCAGCUGAAACAAUUCUGGAGGGGUUUAUGGUGUAAAGUAUUGCACAGCUCAGGCACUUUGCCCUUCUUUAUCUUUUUCUUCCUAUGUAUAGGCUGUAUAUUAGCCUGCUUGCUGAUCUUCUCAGGAUAUCCUUUUUCCUACUUCCCCUUAGAUGCCACUGAUUUCUUUUUCAAGUGUGACAUAUCCAACCUCGAUUUUCAUAGGACCUUCCUUUCCUUACCUCCCCUUAAUUGGUAUCACUGAUUUCCAUGGCUAAAAGUACAGGGUAUCCUACUGGUCUACUCAUCUACCCACCCACCCAUAUUCCUAGUUACUUCCUUUCCCUACCUUCCUGCCAUGCACUGCUGCUGAUAAUCUUAGCUUUUUCUUGCUGUCUCUCUCUGAAAUAUUUCUUCUGAAAUCUGCACGUUGCUGAUCUGGACAUGGACCACCCAUAACAGAACAGUUAAUCUAUGGAAUGUUUUGUAUCUAGAUAGUAUUGAUAAACUGAACAUCAUGAGAAAAGCUAAAUUAUGGCACUAAAGUACAUAAUAAGGAUGCUUGACCUUUUAGUAGCUGGGAUUGUACUUAAUGUUUGGGGUGACAGUGAUGGCUGCAAAAUGGGUGGAACUGCAUCAUACACGGAGGUGGGGUUGGUUUUCUGAGGAAUUUCUUUAUUUUAACUGUUAUAUACAUAUUUUAGAGCUUUUUAAUGUAUUUCCAAACUCAGAAUAGUGGGAAACUCUCAUCAGUUUUUAAAAGUCAUGAGAAGAAAAGACUAAAGAGCCACAAAAAGGGAUAACUUGAAAGCCUGGACCUGUCGACUGCCCAUCCAGUAUAAGGACAAGUAUGAUUCUUAAACAUUUAAUUAGGCCAUCAGUUUGUAGCUUGAAUUCAUUAAACACUACAUUUUAGUGCCAUAAUUUCACUUUGGAGACAAGCAUACAGAGGUUAUGAAUGUAUAUCCCUACAAAUAUUUUGCCAGGUACAAAAAUGUGUAACAUACCUAUAACGUGAUUGAUUAAUCAAAAUUAUUUUUUUCUUGUUUUAAUUCACAUGUGAAUCUAUAUAGAUUCAAACUGCAGUCAAUAUUCAUCUGGGACUGGGAGCAAACUUUAGUGAAUUCAGAGGAGCUUCUUAGUUCCAUGUAGGAUUGCACUGUAAUCAGUUAAAACAUAUGGUUGAUCUACUAGAAGUUCUUUGAUUGAAUAAUAGACACAGAUUCAAUUCAGCUUUUUGUCUGUAGUCCGCUUUGCUUCAGAAGAGCUGUCCAAUCUGGUUGCCAGGGAAGAAAUGGUGAACUAAAGAUGGCUCCACUGAGAGUAGAGUUGACGUGACGGAAU